GGAGCGGGAAAAAAAAAUAAUUUAAACUUGCCAAGCAAGCGAUUCUAGUUUUUCAUCACAACGCCUUCCGCUACAACGAAAAAUGAGUGAUGAUCCUAAUUAUGAAAAAUAUUUCAAAUUAGUGUAUUCAAACUUUUAUAAAAGACUUGUUGAAACUGGAGAUUUGGAGAGGCUUAAAUUGUGGCUGACUGCAAAGUUGGACGAGACGGGAUGGAGAGGUAUAUUGAAACGAGAUUUUAUAGAGUAUGUACAAGACCACUAUAAUAGCCAGUACGAUUCAGAACAAGAGUCAAACGAGAGCAGUGAGGGGACAAAAGAAACGAAUUGGGCCAUCAUCGAAGAGUUGACAGACAAGUUUUUAGUCAAGGCAAAAGAUCGAGUUCCGUUGAACAUCAAGACUGAACUGCUGCAGAGAUUGAAGACGAUCAUAUCGAGAACACACAGCACCACGUUCGGGAUCACUUUUAACCAAGAGAAUGCGCUAAAAUAA